ACCGUAAACCAUCACUUAGUGUCGUGCUCAUUAUGAACCUGUCCUGUCACAAACGUGUUUUUCAAGAUUACAAAGUUAGAAGUGAAACCCAAAGACGAUCGUGCAUAACAAUUUCAACAUUAAUACGCGUACGAGACUAUAAGUGAAGGAACUGAUGGACUCCAUCCGAACUGUUUUAGUGACUGGAGGUUCUGGGUUUAUCGGUUCUCACCUUGUGUGUUCACUGGUUCAAAAACAUCCCGAAUGGAAAAUCUUUAACUUGGAUAAUCUAGAUUACUGCUGCAGCCCAAGAAGUCUGGACAGUAUUAAAAACACAGCCAACUACACUUUUAUCAAGGGCGAUGUAUGUAACGCCCAGCUGGUAAACCGCAUCUUCAACUCUCAAAAAAUUGACAUCAUCUUCCACUUGGCCGCCAAAACCCACGUUGAUUCCUCCUUCCAAAGCCCAGCCGUUUUCCAGCACGUUAACAUCCACGGCACGCGGGUUUUACUGGCAGCUGCCGCUCAGACACGCCACAGGCUUCAGUGCUUCAUCUACGCCAGCAGUGAUGAAGUCUACGGAUCGAGUCUAGAUGAGGAAUUUGAUGAGAACAGUCCAAUGAGGCCUUCCAAUCCAUAUUCUUCCUCAAAGGCAGCUGCAGAGCACCUGGUCAGGUUCUACUGGGAAAAGUAUAAGCUUCCUUUCAUCAUCACAAGGAGCAACAACAUCUACGGUCCCAAGCAAUACAUUGAGAAGGUCAUCCCUAAAUUUCUCACGCUUUUGCAAAUGCGCAAGAAAUGUACCAUUCACGGAACCCUCCCUAAAUCUCGCCAUUUCCUGUUCGUCGACGACACGGUCAGCGCCUUCCUCCUGCUUCUGGAGAAAGGGAUUGUGGGAGAAGUUUACAACAUAGGCUCAAACUUUGAGAUAGCCAUAGUGCAACUAGCCAGGGAACUUGUCAAGAUGGUAAAAAACGUGCCAGAUGCCGAGCUGAACGACUGGCUGGAGUUUGUACCGGACAGGCCGAAGGUCGACAUCCGCUACCCUAUCAAAUGUGAAAAGCUUCAGCAGUUGGGCUGGAAGGCCCAAGUCUCCUGGUCUGAUGGUAUCAAACGGACUGGUACAGCAGGCGCACACACAACCAGGCCAAACACACAUCUGAGACAGAAUAUUCAUACCCGUUUGUUUUUAGUCAAAUGGUACCAGGACCACCCAGACUUUUGGUCGGACACACCGGAAGGCCCGGGAGAAAUUCCAAGCACGUUGGAAGAUACAGAGUGAUGUCGUCCUUCAGUUGUAUUGUCUGCAGUGUACUGCCUUGGUGGACCAACAGGGGGCGCAGCCUCACUUGACCAAAGCACUGUGAAGUCAACUUUGUCUCAGGAGACAUUAACAAGUGAUGGAUUUUUUUACCUCAAUUCUUACCUCAACUGACCAGUUGUGUUAACUGUCCAUUCGUCCAUCCGUCCAAGCUGGGCUCAGGUCGUCCGGCCACUUUUUUCCAGAUCUUUUGCUGACGGAAACACACGCUAGCAGCUGUUUGUUCGCGGGAGCUCAUUCCUCUAAUUGCACGUUCCUAGCUUUGCAGUUUGCAUGCUAGCGUCCGCCAGCAGAAAUUCCAUCGAGGAGGGAGAAGUAUUUUGAGCUAAUGAGACAAUGUCAUCUACAAAAGAUCACCUCGUUGACGUUUAAGUACGAGAAUAGGUCGUGUGAUGACUUAGCUUGGAUUUAUCUAGUACUGGGUGACAAGAUGCAUACUGAAUGUUAUCUUUAAUUUAUUCAACUUUCGAGUUAAAGCAAUGAUUGUAAAUACUUUAGGAUCAUUUUUAUUUUAAGUUUCCAGGGCUCCAUAAUGGAUGAGCAAUAAAACUAUUUUGGACAUCA